AAGGCGGGGGUCUACCUGAAACUCACUACAGACAUCAAAAAAAAUUUUUUUCGAUAAAUAUCAUAUUCGGCUAUUCCUUUAUCAAUUCAAUGUUGUCUUACAACUGUCCUGACUCUUUUUCGAUAAGCCCGAGCGCUUUUAAAAAGUUGUGUCAAGUUUGAAGAUCACGUUGCCAUGGCAACGAUUACUGUUUCUUUUGAAUUCGGCGCAUUUUUUCUACUCCAAUGGGGCCCAAUCGCCAUACAAACCUCCUCAAAUCUCUCUUGAAACAACUGUCCAGCGGUUGACAGCAAAAUACACAACUAUUAUGGGAUAUAUAUGUGCAAAAUCCAGCAAAACUUCGAAACUUAUCGAACCGCGAUCCUCAAAGCUAUAUACAACUCAUAUCAACUCUUUAAAACACCUUGAAAAAUAAUGGUCGGAGAAAAAGACUCAUCUACGUACCGAAAGAAAAGAAAACGCGUGUUUUACGGCAAGCAAAAACAGGAGCUGAACCGCUCAGACAGAGAUGAAAGCUCUCAAACAACUCGUGGCCUCGUCGAAGAACCAGGACCCUCACACUCUCGAUCGGCAGAUUAUACUCCAGAUCACAGUGAACAAGCUCCAGCAAGUGCUUCUAGAAAGAAGCUUAGCGACCAUGGCUACAAUGAAAGCUUUGACGGAGAGUUUUCUUCGGACGAUCAAAGCCUUUCAAAAUUUGACUCAGACCACGAGGAGGUAUCUGGUGAUGAUGCUGAAGCCUGCGAAUAUCGAGUCGUGGACUUGGGAUGCCUCUCUUCAUAUCUUUCCGAUGUUCAUAGAUGCGAAGAAGGUAAACUUGAAAUAAAAGAAACUACUUCAGCAAGGGCAGGGCUGAAAUCCUCUUUCGAGGUUAAGUGCAGUUCCUGUCAUGAAACUGAAACUCUGACAACAUCAAGUCAAAUCCACCAAAGAGGCAAGUCUUUCGAUGUCAACCGGCGAGUAGUGUACCACUCCCUGGAAAGUGGAAAUGGAUAUGAGGGACUUGCUUCAUUUUGCAGAGUCAUGAAUAUGCCAUGCGUUAGCAAAGCAGCAUAUUACAAACAAUUGGACAUAAUUGUCAAUGCUCAGGAAGAGGAGGGAAGACGUGAAAUGUGUUCGGCCGCAAAAAGACUGCGUCAGAAGCUGAUAGGAGAUGAUGGCAAGGAGUUUGAGCUUCUUGACGUGGCUGUCAGUUUUGAUGGAACCUGGGCCAAGAGAGGCUUCACAUCACUCACUGGAGUGGUUUUUGCUAUUUCUAUAGACACUGGAGAGGUCCUAGACUACCAUGUCCUCUCCAAACAAUGCCAGACAUGUACCAUAAACAGAGGCAAAAUUUCUGAUGAUGGAGAGUUUGAGGAUUGGAUACUAGAACAUGUGGCUUCAGGUGCAUGUGACAUAAACUUUGUUGGAAGUUCUCCUGCCAUGGAGGCAGAGGGUGCUGUUGUGCUCUGGAGUAGAUCCAUAGAACGCCACAACAUGAGGUACAAGUGGAUGAUUUGCGAUGGGGACAGUAAAUCACACAACUCUGUCCAAGACAUCUACGAUGAAUGUAGGGUGGAAAAAUUAGACUGUGUGGGGCACGUGCAAAAAAGGAUGGGAAAGCGGUUGCUCCAGUUGAAGAGUAGGAGAAAAGGGAAGCUAGAUGAUGGCCAUACGAUUGGUGGCCGUGGCCGCCUCACAGAGGCCAAGAUAAAAAAACUCCAAAAGGAGUAUGGUCUGGCAAUUCGCCAGAACACUGUGCAAGAUACUAAUCCCACAGAAAGAGACAUUGAUGUGGCAGUAUAUGCGAUGAAAAAGAAUAUAAUCGCAUCUCUACACCACAAUAUUGGGAUGCCGGAUCUUAAAAAACAGCAUCAAUACUGCCCAAAAGGGGCAAAUUCCUGGUGUAAGUUCCAACAGGACGAAGCCACCGGUACCUCCAGUUACGACUCAGCAGACUGCUUACCUGAGGUUUUUCUAGAGGUACUGCGGCCAGUAUACAUGAGCUUGAGUGAGACUGAUUUACUGAAGAGAUGUGUUCGUGGAAAGACACAGAACCCUAACGAAUGUAUUAAUUCGUUGGUUUGGGCCCGAUGCCCAAAACACAAGCACCAUGGCCCAAAGGUGGUGCGAUUUGCAGCAGCAUCUGCUGUCUGCCAUUUUCAUGGGGGGGCUGCUAGUAGGGAGAAAGUGAUGGAGAGUCUUUUGAUUCCUGCUGGCAGCCAUACAAAGCAGGGAUCCCUUCUUAAGGACAGAAAGCGGGUGCAGAAAGCAGACAGGCAAGUGUCUGAAAAGGCAAAGAAGAAAAGACAGGCCACCCAGAUGCGCAGAGUACGCAGGGAGGAGGCUCUAAGGAGUGCUGAGGGUGUUACUUACGAGUCUGGAGCCUUUUAGCUAAAAUAUUUUCAAGAACAUUGCUUAUAUGAUAAGAAACAGCGUUUUUGUGAUUAUUGUCAACUUUAAAGGCAUUUUCCCGAAUUUUUGCUUUUCGGGCUUCAAGAAAAGAUAUCUCUUCAAGAAUUUGUUCAAUUGACCUCAAACUUUCAGCAUUGAUAGAUAUAACUGAGGUGAUUAAAAUGAGUUGAGGGAUUUCCUCUUUAAUUUUUUAAAAGAAAGUUAUGGACUGAUGAAGUCAAUUUUCCUAUUAUGCAAAUUUAAAUGACUUCUAUUGGCUAAUUUUUUGGAAUUCCAAAAUUUCCUCAACUCAUUUUAAUUAUUAGUGUUCUAGCAAUAGUACAAUGAAGAAAAAUCGAAAUUCCAUUCAAUCUGCAAGGAGUUAUUUUUUCUUAAAUAAAAACUCUCCUUACUCAG